AUGGACCUGGUUUCAGCUCUCUCACUGGAAACCUGGGUCCUCCUAGCAAUCAUCCUUGUGCUCUUCUACCGAUUUGGGACCCGUACACAUGGAAUUUUUAAGAAACAGGGAAUUCCUGGGCCAAAACCUCUGCCUUUUUUAGGCACUGUGCUGAAUUACUUCAGGGGCUUAUGGAAAUUCGACAUGGAGUGCUAUAAAAAGUAUGGGAAAAUAUGGGGGUUGUUCGAUGGUCAAACGCCUCUGUUUGCCAUCAUGGACACAGAAAUGAUCAAGAAUGUGCUAGUGAAGGAAUGCUUUUCUGUCUUCACAAACCAGCGGAUGUUCCCCAUCAUCGAACACUAUGGAGACAUUUUGGUAAAGUACUUGAAGCAAAAGGCAGAGAAAGGCAAGCCCCUCGCUAUGAAAGAAGUGUUUGGUGCCUACAGCAUGAAUGUUAUUACCAGUACAUCAUUUGGAGUUAACAUCAAUUCCAUCAACAACCCAAAGGAUCCUUUUGUGGAGAAAGUCAAGAAAUUCCAAAGAUUUGACUUUUUUGAUCCGUUGUUCUUGUCAAUACCUCUGAAAUUAAGUAGACAGAGACUUUGUGGACCAGAAAAACCCAUUGUUCUUAAGGUUGUGCCACGGGAUGCAGUCAUAACUGGAGCAUGA